CUUCCCAAAGCCUGUCUCCUUGGCUCAGGUGGCAUGGAGAUGGUGCAAAACAGUGCUCCGUCUUUUUCCUCCCAUAGGUGCAGCCCCUCUCAGGAGGACGAGGGCACCAGCUGGAGAGGGCCAGCGCGCUGCAGCUGCAGUGCGGGAGAAAAUGAGCGGUUGGUCUUCAGCAUUGCUUACAGCCUGGCAAUGUCCGUGCUCUCCUUCCAGAGAUGCCUCAGCACAGGCGUCUCCACCCUGAAAGGGAUCAUCAGCCUGAAAAAGGAGAGGUUCUUCACGAUCCUCUUCUUGAUGAGCCUAGCUGCUCUCGCUGGUGCCUGCUGCGGGACCUUGCUGCUCGUGUGGAUGCUGCAGGCAAAGAAUGUGCCACAGGUGCUGCUGGGGCAGCCUGCAGCCGAGCUGAAGUCCCUGCGGAACACGCUGGCUGUGUGGGGGAAACCAUCCCAAGAAAUGCAACAGCUGAGGGAUGAGCUGGCGCGCCUGGCUGCAGAGAUCGGCGCUAUGCAGAAGGAAGCUGAGCAAAUGAGAGAGGCCAUGUCUGCAACCACGCGGAUGUCUGACUGGGCUCUGAAAAGCGCAGGGGCUGCCAUCGACCUGCAGAGAUCGUUCAGCAGCUCGGCACGGCUCUGCAGGGUGUUUUGGUUCCUGUGUGCUCCACCCGUUCUGGAUACCUUUGUGCAGCCGGAUGCUUCCCCGGGAUACUGCUGGCCUUUCCAAGGGUCUCGGAGCGAGGUGCUAAUCCGGUUGCCCACACAAACACGACCGACGGCCGUCAUUAUUCAGCACGCCUCAAAGAUAGCCUCACCGCUGGGGACUGUCAGUAGCGCCCCCCGAGAUUUCACUGUCUCUGGGCUGGAUGAGGAAGGCGAGGAGGAAACUCUGCUGGGGACGUUCACCUACGCCGUGCAGAAAGAGCUGACCCAGACCUUCCCUCUGCAGAAUGGGAUCCCCAGAGCCUUUCGGUUUUUGAAACUUGGCAUACGGAGCAACUGGGGAAAACCAGGAUACACCUGCAUUUAUCGAGUGCAGGUGCAUGGGAAGAUUGUGGGAACGAAUGCCGUCGGCGAGACGCAUGUGAAGACCUUCCCUCAGUAA